UGACGCUUGUCGUAAGGGAACACACGUUGGUUACAGCAGAAAAGAGGGACGGCUCUUGGAGACGUCUCACCAGACUGGACAGCUGACAAGCAUUGAUAUGCUUUUCUUGCGCAAGGUGAGAAAGUUCUCCAACAUGAAGAAGGCUGCGGCAGUAGGAGUACCUUUGGUGCUGCUUCUGGCAGUCUCGGUGGCCCUUUCUAUGACCUUGUCAAGAGAUACUGAUCCGUCACAACUGAAACAUCGCUUCAUCAAAAGAUCCACAGAUCCUUCAGAAUUGCCGGACGGCCUUCAUGACAUCUUGCGAGCAGCGGCGGCUGAAGAUGCCCCGAAGUAUGUCCCGCGCUACUCGGAGGAAAGUACAAAGUCAGAGCUAGAGGAAGAGGACCUUGCCGACGCCUUGCGAGCAGCAAUGGCUGAAGAUAACAAAGCUUGGACUCACAACAAGCGCUUCCUGGGGGCAAUUGCGAAGCUCGCCGGAGAUAUUGUUGGGAAAGCGAAGACAGUCCUACCCAAGCAACUGUCAGAAACGAUUAACAAAUUGGGUGGUAUGAAGAACAUGGGUGCGGACCUCAUGUCAGACUCUGUGAAAAAACAGCAAGAGAUGACUGCAGAGGUUGAAAAAGAGGUGGCGGACAAAACUAUACAAAACUUAUUUUCACAAGUUAAAAAAGGGGACUCAGCUAGUGGACAGACCGGGGGAUCAGCUGGCGGACAGACAGUGGGCUCAGCUAGUGGAAAGAAACCGGACCCAGCUGGUGCAAAGAAAGCAGCUCCUUCUGCCGGUGGAACCGGAGAAAUGAAGGCUGAAAUAGAUUUUGUUGAACAGAAGGGCAUGGUCCAGGACGACUUGUUUGCUCCACCAGGAAUGAAAAUGAAGGUGGACGUCCAAAAAAGUCCCAAAAAGCAGAACGAAAAAGACGACAUGUCCCCACCACCGGCAUUUUCUUACCCCGUGGGGAUGGGCGGUACUCUGAUGAACGGCUGUUUCGGGACUGGGUACAAACGAGGAGAUCCGUGCUACAAAGCGAAGAGGCCGAUACCGCCAUGUCAGAAAUUGAUGGAGGGGUGUAACUACAUCGGGGUAGGCUUCGAUGGUCGUGGAGAGUACAGCAGUGUAUCCAGGAGGAAAACAGCUUCCGUAAACGCAGCAUGGGGAGGGUCUUCAAAAUUCGAGAAACAAAUGUUCAUGUCACUCAUCGAGACGGAUGUCAUCAGGUAUGAAAUCUUCCUGGACGAAAUAACCCCUGAUUCUCUGAGCCUGUCAUUCCUGAGGGAUUCCUGUCCCUUCCAAAGAACUUUAUCUUGGGAAAAGCUAAACUACGUGAGUGCUUAA